AUGGAUAGACUUGCCGGGGGAGGACAGGCUAACAAGCUGAUGUCAGAGCUUGCGGCUGACAUCGCCCUUCGAGACGCCACACGAGACAAACUCGAGUCCUUUGCAUCAUCCCAACAAGAUACGAAUCAAGCCAGCUCAAUGGAAGAAGAAGACGAAAUUGCUGAAUGGAGGCGAAAAAGGAUAAGCGAAAUGGAAGCCAAAAGAAAAGAAAUGCAAGAAAACGUCACAGUUAGACGACAUGGAGAAUACGUAGAAGUCACUCAGGACGAGUUUCUGCCUGCUGUCACUGGAAGCAAAAAAGUAGUCUGUCAUUUUUAUCACAAAGAUUUCCCGAGAUGUAGGAUUAUUGACCACCAUCUGAGAAUUAUUGCACAAAAACAUGUGGAAACCAGAUUUAUUACGAUUAAUGCGGAAAAGGCACCGUUUUUUAUAGAAAGGCUUGGAAUAAGAGUGCUGCCGACACUUGUGCUAUUUGAGGAUGGGAUUUCAAGGGAUAGAAUUAUAGGAUAUGAAGGAUUUGCUAUAAAUGAUGAGUUUCAGACAGUAGCGUUGGUAAAAAGAUUGGUAAAAGCGAAAAUGAUAACACCAAAAACAGAAGAAAGCGACUCAGAUUCUGACUCUAAUUAA